GGAUUUUCGCUCAGUUGCGUUUUAUACUGCGCGAUAUUAACAUGCAAUUUCGAACGUGAAUAGACUUCGUAACGCAUUAAAAAUUGCAGACUUGCAAAUAUUGUUUGCUCCAAGCGAUCAUAAUUUCUUGUCACCUCGUUGUUAAUAAACUAUACUAUUUAUCUCAAAAUGACGCGAAUCCGUGCAAUUAAUUUGAUCGCAUUUUGCACAUUCGUAUUUUUUGUUGAUAAGAACAGUGUAACGGAAGCUCAUAGCUUGAAAGAUUAUUUGAAAGGUUUACGUAGCCUGUCGCAACUUAAGAAUCUUCGACAUGGAAUUCUCCCAGGUACGCUUUGGUGCGGGCUGGGAAAUAUUGCUCGCAAUGAUUCUGAAUUAGGUUUGUACAGCGAGAUAGACACGUGUUGCAGAGAGCACGACGGCUGCGAGGAUUCCAUAAGCUCCAAAGCUACAAGAUACCGACUGUACAACAAAUACUUCUGCAGAAGCUCGUUAUGCGAGUGCGAUUUGCAAUUUUACGAUUGCUUGAUGCGAAUACGCGGGCUGUACGCGGCCGCUGUGGGAAAGGUAUAUUUCAAAAAAUGCAACCAGUGCUUCCGUACCUACUACGAUCCUGAGGAAUGCAUAAAAGAGGGCCUCGAUGUAACCGAAGAGAUGGAUCGUAAGGGUCGUCGCGUUUUCUGCGCAAAGUUUGACCAAAAUCCAAAAUGGGGACAACGACACAACGUUACUUCGCCUCAUAGAUCGAUCUACGUCGACGAACUUUUAAACUGGCCGGAUGAUGAAGUCGCGCAGUACGUUCCACAAUCUUAUCCUCCGAACGAUAGAAGAUACCCCGUCGAGGAAGACGACGCUAUGAGAGAUAUCGAAGAUAAUUAUUAAUGAAUUUUCACGUCGCACUUUGCGCUCGCAGAUUCGCCAAAAUUCUCGAGAACAGCAAUCUUUUAACCCAUUCAAAAAGUUAUUUGACAAUUCAAUCUAAAUUUUGAAAAGUCAAAAUAAAUGACGCCAGUCGAGAUGAAGGAUACACUCCUUUUUAAUAUAUA